AUGUCUCUCACUCUCAAGAUCGGCUCUCUCUUCAUCCGCACCCUUGCCAAGCCCAUAGCCAACGGCAUCAAAAAGCGCGCGCGCGACCAUGAUAUCUUCCGCAGACGUUGCGUUUCCUUUGCGCAAGGCCUGCAUCGCCUGGAUGUGCGAUGGCGCGUAGGUCUCUUGCAGGACCCCGCCAUCAUCGACAGGCAGAUCCAGCGUGAGCUCCGGGAAGCCGAGGAAAGGAGAAAGCGCGCGAAUAGCCCCGUGCCUACAGUAAAAACGGAAUCUCAGGCAAAGGCCGACGAGGAAGCCGCCAAGCAUGAGAAGGAGGCGAUCGAGGAAAGACACAAAAGGCCGAGAGUACGCCCGCUGUCCGAGGCAAAGGCCAUAGACAUGGGCGCAAACUUCAUCUCCGAAGGAUUCAUGUUCCUGGUCGCCGGCGGUGUUAUCGUCUUCGAAGCUUGGAGGUCAAGACGGAAAGCCAGUGGACGUCGCGACGUGGUGGACGAGAAGCUAGAAGAGCUCCAGAAGCAGAACGAGGAGCUUCAGCAAAAGCUUCAGGUGCUGGAGUCUCACGUACAGGAAGAGGAGCACAGGAGGCAAGAGCUCAGGAAGAAGAUUCGCGAGAUGGUGGCCGAAGAGCGGGCAGAAAUCGCACGCAUCGAACGCUCAGAUUCAGAGAAUACCGCCGAUCGGAGCACCACGGGAGCUUCUAAAGAGUAA